UCUCCACCUGCAAGCGGAAAGUUUGCGUGCUAAUUUGAUGUAUUGUAUUUAACAAUUUAAUUGGGAUUCGUGAGUGGGAGCAACCAGAACCGCUGCACAUGACGUAAUGGAGUCGAUUACCUUUGGAGUUCUGACCAUUAGUGACACCUGUUGCAAGGAGCCGGCAAAGGAUAAAAGUGGUCCCUGCUUAAAACAACUGAUUGGUGAAUCCUUUGCCAAUGCCCAGGUGAUUGGGAGCAUUGUGCCCGACGAGAAGGACUUAAUUCAGGCGGAGUUGCGGAAGUGGAUCAACCAGGAGGAUCUCCGGGUGAUCCUGACCACGGGCGGAACAGGAUUUGCGCCAAGGGAUGUGACUCCGGAGGCCACUAAACCUCUGCUGGAAAAGGAGUGCCCGCAACUGGCGCUGCUCAUCACCCUGGACUCCCUGAAGAAGACCCAAUUUGCCGCCCUUUCCCGCGGCCUCUGUGGCAUCGCGGGGAACACCCUGAUCCUCAACUUUCCCGGCAGCGAAAAGGCUGUAAAAGAGUGCUUUGCGACGGUGAGGGAUCUCCUGCCCCACGCCCUCCAUCUCAUCGGUGACCAGGUGUCGCUGGUGCGGCAGACACAUGCGGAGGUUCAGGGAUUAGCUUUUCCUACCAGCAAUCACAUUUGCCCCCAUAAAACGGGCGCAGGCAGCGAUUCGGAUCGCAAUUCACCCUUUCCCAUGCAGCCCGUCCACGAGGUGCUCUCGAUUAUCUUCGAAACGGUGCAGAGAACCAGCGAGUUGGACAGGAUCCUCUGGCAGCUCAACUCGCCGGUGAAUAUUCCGCCCUUUAGGGCUUCUAUCAAGGAUGGCUACGCCAUGAAGUCCACCGGCUUCUCGGGCAGCAAGCGAGUUCUGGGCUGCAUAGCCGCCGGCGAUGAGCUCAAUUCUUCGCCUCUAGCUGAGGAUGAGUGCUUUAAAAUAAACACUGGAGCACCGCUGCCGCUGGAGGCGGACUGUGUGGUCCAGGUGGAGGACACCAGGCUGCUGCAGCGGGACAAGCACGGCCAGGAGAGCCUGGUAGACAUAAUGGUGGAGCCGCAGGCCGGCUUGGAUGUGCGACCUGUGGGUCACGAUCUAAGCACCCGGGAUCGCAUCUUUCCCGCCGCGGAUCCCUCCUCUGUGGUGGUCAAAUCCCUGCUGGCCUCCGUGGGCCAUCGGCUGGCCGUGCCCAAGCCCCGCGUGGCCAUUGUGUCCACGGGCAGUGAGCUACUCUCGCCGCGCGAUCAACCGACGCCGGGCAAGAUCUUCGACUCGAAUACCACCAUGCUGGCGGAACUGCUGCUCUACUUUGGCUUCGACUGCCUGCACACGAGUGUGCUGAGCGACAGCUUCGCGCAGACCCGGGAAUCCCUUUCCGAUCUCUUCGAGGUGGUGGACUUUGUCAUCUGCAGCGGCGGCGUGUCGAUGGGCGACAAGGAUUUCGUGAAGCCCGUGCUGGAGGACCUGCAGUUCAAGCUUCACUGCGGCCGGGUGAACAUGAAGCCAGGCAAACCCAUGACCUUUGCCAGCCGCAACGAGAAGUACUUCUUCGGGCUGCCCGGCAAUCCCGUGUCCGCCUUCGUCACCUUCCACCUGUUCGCCCUGCCCGCCAUCCGCUGGGCGGCUGGCUGGGAUCGCCAGAAGUGCUCCCUGCCCGUGAUCAAUGUGAAGUUGCUCAACGACCUCAGUUUGGAUGGCCGUCCGGAAUUCGUUCGCGCCUCGGUGAUUUCCAAAUCCGGAGAGCUGUACGCCAGCAUUAAUGGCGACCAGAUAAGCAGCCGCCUGCAGAGCAUUGUGGGUGCCGAUGUUUUGGUCAACCUGCCGGCAAGAACCUCCGAUCGUCCAACUGCAAAGGCUGGUGAAGUUUUCCCCGCCUCCGUGCUGCGCUACGACUUUAUCUCCAAGUACGAAUAGGAACUGCCCAGACAAACC